CGCGCGCCAUCUGGCGGUGCGGUCGCCACGCGUGUGACGACAGUCACGUAACAACGCGGGACGCAAGAGUGCGCGAGUGAACGGUGCGUGGAGAAAACACAAGUCUCUCUCGACCUCACGUGCGUGGAUCGCUCUCCCUGCUGUCGCGGGUGAAAAGCCACACGCGACCACGAUGACGACGAUGGCGACGACGACCUCGACGAUGUACCCGGUACGGCCGGUGGUCGAUCUACCCGCCAAGUGUCCGCACUCACGAGCCAUGUACGAAAUGCGAAGUAUCUACGAGGACGGGCGCGACGACCGGCGCCGUCGCCACGACGCCACUGAGCCCGCCGCCGAAGCAAAGAUGCCCGACAACGCCGUUGUCACGCAGGUUAUCAGCCUUCUGCAGGUGCCUUUGCCGCAGUGUGAAGCAUUGGAAGCUAGGCAAGAAAAAAUUCUUAGCCAGUUGAUGGAACUAAAAAAGCAAGUCUCUACAUUAUGCCAUUUCCUGAAACAAUCUAAACAGGAGGCUAAGAAAGAUCUCAUAGCAGUUCCGAAACCAGUUGUUAUCAAACUAGUGUUGAAUGUGAAUCCAAGAAAACCGCCAUAUUCAAUACUCGCCUUGCAGAAACUUUGGAAGGAUACUAAUAUCAAAGUGACACCGUAUAUUCAUUCUAAUACGACUGCUCAGGUGCCUAUUACUUUUCCUGAAAUUACUACAUCGGCUACAAAUAUUGUAGAAAUAACAUUGAUAUGGAAGGAAGUCUCGAAUAUGGAAAUUAUUAUGGACGCGGAUUACCCCAUAACAGGUGAAGCUAAUUUUCUUAGAUAUCUGAGCAGAGCGAUAGAAUCUCAUAAUUACGAAAGUACAUGCCUACAACCGCAAACAUUGGACUCUGCACUUGAUGAUGUUAAUUUGUUACAUUAUGAACAGAGUAUAGAAAAGGGGUUGCACGUACUAGCCAAAAAAUUUGAGAAAUGGUCUUGCAAGGGUGGAUUUAACAUUGUAGAUAUUGCAGUGUGGUCUCUAAUUAAACAGUACCCAAAAACAAAUUUAUCACCAGUUCUUCAAAAGUGGUACGCACAAUGUGAAAGUGCUUUCAUAGAUGAGUCUUUCAAUCAUGACUGAAUUCAUCAAUAAAUCAUGAUGACUGUAAUUUCACUUUUAUAAAAAUUUGAUAUGUUGAUAAAUUGUUAUGUAUGAAUAUAUUUUUAUUCGUAAAAAAAA